UUUGGGUUUCCUAAGGCAUUUGAGAGGAGUCGUCUCCAGUUAAAGAAGAAUGUGUUUGACUCAGGAAUUGGUGACAUUCAAGGAUGUGGCUGUGGAGUUCACCCAGGAGGAGUGGGGACACCUGAAGCUUGCCCAGAGGGCCCUGUACAGGGAUGUGAUGUUGGAGAAUUAUGAGAACUUGGUCUCCCUGGGGCUUCCUGUUUCCAAACUGGAUGUGAUCUCCCUGUUGGUGAGAGGGGAAGCACUGUGGAGGCCUGAGAGAGGAGGCCCCGAAGGCUCUUAUAAAGAUACUCUUAGUCAGAAGACCAAGUUUGAAAUCAAAGUCACAAGUCUGAUGCAGUACAUUUACAUGGAGGAAUCAUACAAGACAGAUCUUCCAGUAAAUAUUCCCUGGCAUUCAAGCACAGCAGAACCAGUGGAAUGUGAUAUUAAUUUAAAGAUGCAGAAGAGCAAUCAGGAGAGACAGUCCAGUCUUAUAACAAUUCCACAGGAAACUACUUUUAAUGAAAUGACUACACCAUAUUGUAAUACUUUGGGAGGGGGUUUUAAUUUGGCAUCAAUCUUUGUUCCAUGGAGAAAUCCUGUGAAGAAAAGCCUCCAUAAAUAUAAUACACUAGAAAAAAAGGUAAAGGAUUUUUCAGACCUAUUCAUAUGCGAUGCAUUUUCCUUAGGGAAGAAUCUUUCUAAGUAUGACAAAUGCAAGAAGCCCUUUAGUUACCACUCAGAUCUAAUUAAAUUUCAUAGAACACAGACUGGGGAAAAUCUACAUGAGGAUAAAGAAGGGAGGAAAGCCUUUGGCAGAAUAUCAGGUGGUACUGAGUAUCAGAAAAUUAGAAUUGGAGAGAAAAAUGAAUGUCAUAAGUAUGGAAAAACCUUUAGCCACCAAAAAAGAUUGAUAAAAAUGAAUAAAAUUAAUACUAGAGAGAAGCCUUUUGAAUGUAAUGAAUGUGGGAAAGGAUUCAGCCAGAGGGGAAACCUUAUUACUCAUCAGAAGACUCAUACUGGUGAGAAACCAUUCAAAUGUAAAGAAUGUGGAAAAGGCUUUAGUCAAAGAGGAACUCUGAUUAGCCAUCAGAGAACUCAUACUGGAGAGAAACCCUUUGAAUGUCAUGAAUGUGGGAAAGCCUUCAGUGAAUGGGGAUCCUUUAAUAGACAUCUCAGAACUCAUACUGGUGAGAAACCCUUUGAAUGUCAUGAAUGUGGGAAAGGAUUCAGCCAAAGGGGAACUCUCAUUAGCCAUCAGAGAACACAUACUGGAGAAAAACCCUUUGAAUGUCAUGAAUGUGGAAAAGCCUUCACUUCAAGUAAUGGACUCAAAACACAUCAGAGAAAUCAUACUGGUGAAAAACCUUUUGAAUGUCAUGAAUGUGGAAAAACCUUCACUGAGCGUAAAGUACUCAGAAUCCACCAGAGAAUACAUACAGGAGUGAAACCCUUUGAAUGUAAUGAAUGUGGGAAGGCCUUUAGUGACAGUAAUGUCCUCAGAAGCCAUCAGAGAACUCAUACUGGAGAAAAACCCUUUGAAUGUCAGGAAUGUGGGAAAGGCUUUAGUCAGAAGGGAACUCUUAAUAGCCAUCAGAGAACUCAUACCGGAGAGAAACCCUUUGAGUGUCAGGAAUGUGGGAAAGGCUUCAGUUGGAAGGCAAGUCUUAUUGCCCAUCAGAGAACUCAUACUGGAGAGAAACCCUUUGAAUGUCAGGAAUGUGGGAAAGGAUUCAGACAGAGGGCAAACCUUACUACCCAUCAGAGAACUCAUACUGGAGAGAAACCUUUUGAAUGUAAUCAAUGUGGCAAAGCCUUCAGUAAAAGUAAUAUUCUCAAAACACAUCAAAGAACUCACACUGGAUUAAAACCCUUUGAAUGUAAUCAAUGUGGAAAGGCUUUCAGUGAUGGUAAUGUUCUCAAAAGCCAUCAGAGAACUCAUACUGGAGAGAAACCUUUUGAAUGUCAGGAAUGUGGGAAAGGCUUUAGCUGGCGGGCUAGCCUUAUUACCCAUAUGAGAAUUCAUACUGGAGAAAAGCCCUUUGAAUGUCACAAAUGUGAGAAAGCCUUCAGUCAGUGGGGAUCAUUUAAUAAACACCAGAAAACUCAUACUGGAGAGAAACCCUUUGAAUGUCAUGAAUGUGGAAAAGGAUUCAGACAAAGGGUAAACCUCAUUACCCAUCAGAGAAUUCAUACUGGUGAGAAACCCUUUGAAUGCCAUGAAUGUGGAAAAGCCUUCAGUGAGAAGGGACACCUUAUUAGACAUCAGAGGACUCAUACUGGAGAGAAAUCCUUUGAGUGUAAUGAAUGUGGGAAAGCCUUUGUUGAGAGACGGUCCUUUAAUAGACAUCAGAGGACUCAUACUGGAGAGAAACCCUUUGAAUGUCAUGAAUGUGGGAAAGGAUUUAGACAGAGAGUAAGUCUCAUUACCCAUCAGAGAAUUCAUACUGGUGAGAAACCUUUUGAAUGUCAUGAAUGUGGAAAAGGAUUCAGACAGAAGAUAAACCUCAUUACCCAUCAGAGAAUUCAUACUGGUGAGAAACCUUUUGAAUGUCAAGAAUGUGGAAAAGCCUUCAGUGAGAAGGGACACCUUAACAGACAUCAGAGGAUUCAUGCUAGAAAGAAAUCCUUUUAGUGGAAUGAAUGUGGGAAAGCCUUCAUCUAGAGGGGAUCCUUUAAUGGACUUUAAAGAACUCAUACU